CACUCAUUAAACUUAACAAUUUUACAUAAUAACGAUUUUCACACUCAUUUUGAGCCAAUUAAUGUGCGGAGCUCUGAGUGCCAAAGCGGUGAACAGUGUUUCGGUGGUAUCGCCCGAACGGUUACCAAAGUAAACGAUAUUCUAGCGCAACAGCAACAGGAGGGGAAUGGAGAUAAGGUACUGUUCCUGAAUGGUGGCGACCACUUUCAGGGCACCAUUUGGUAUACGUUCAUGAAAUGGAAAGUUGUGGCAAAGUUUGUCAAACUCUUCAAACACACGGCUAUGGCUUUAGGCAAUCAUGAGUUUGACGACGGCGUCGACGGACUCUUGCCUUUCGUGCAAAACGUGUCGCGAGAGUUGCCUAUCGUUUGCGCGAAUAUCGAGACCUCCGGCGAACUCAAGGACCUAAUCAAGCGGUCAAUUGUGGUGGAAAGGGGCGGCAAAAAGAUAGCCAUCAUUGGCUACAUCACGCCCGAGACGGCAUUCCUGGCCCGACCCGGAAAUACUGUCAAAUUCUUGGAUGAAAUCGAGAGCAUUAAGAAAGAGAUCGCAAACUUGAGACAACAAUAUAAUCCCAAAGACUUAAACAUUUUUAUAGCUGUCGGCCAUUCAGGCUAUGAGAAGGACAAAGAAAUAGCUGCAAAGAUACCGGAGUUGGAUGUCAUGGUGGGCGGACACACCAACACAUUCCUAUACACAGGCAAAGCGCCGUCCAUUGAAGUGCCUGAAGGCGAAUACCCGGUUGUCUUUGAUCACGGAUCUGAUGGUAAGACACUUGUGGUGCAGGCGUUCGCUUACGGCAAAUAUCUGGGAAAACUUAAUGUCAUUUUCGAUGACAAUGGACUCAUUACUAGUUAUUCUGGAAAUCCUAUUCUUCUGGACGAUAGUGUCAAAGAAGAUCCCGAGGUGUUAUCUCUAGUGAAAGAGGAGUCCGCAAAAAUAGAUGAGUACUAUAAGACAGAGGUUGGGUUCAGUCACGUGGUGUUGGAUCAGAUGUAUUGCAGGGAACAGGAGUGCAAUUGUGGUAAUCUUAUGGCCGAUGCGUUUGUCACAUAUUUCCUGGAUGAGUCUCAAGUCCAUAAAAAUGCCUGGAAUACAGUUCCCAUAUCUAUUGUAAAUGGAGGUGCGGUCAGAAGUUCUAUAAGUAUGGGAAAUAUCACAAUGAAAAGUGUGGUGUCGACCUCACCAUUCGGUAAUCCCAUAGGAGUUCUUAAGACUAAGGGAUCUUCUCUAUGGAAAAUUCUUGAGCACUCGGUCUCUCAGUACAAAAUGGGAGGUUUCUUACAGGUGUCGGGCAUUAGGUAUAUAUUUGACUCGAAACAGAAACGCCUGUUAAGUGUAAGAGUCAGAUGCGGUGACUGUCCGACGCCUACCUACAAGGACCUGGAUCAAAUACCGAUCGUCAAACACGUGCCCGUAUUCCAGCCCAUCCAACAGCACCAGGAGUCCCAACAGAUGCCUGUCUACCAGAAAAUACCCGUUUUCCAGAAGACGUUCCCCGAAACGCAAAUGAAUAGCCCAGAGAUCUCAAUGUCCGCACAGACACCACAGCAGCCAAUGCCAGGACAGACACAACUCCAUGACCAGCAACAAGACAUGAACAGUGAUUACUAUCCCAACGAGAAUAUGCCCGAAGAGUCGGCGCCCGAAGGCCAACAGCAACAACAGUCCCAACAGGAGUCCAAAAUUGACUUAAUUUUAUCCAAACUCAGGAUUAAACCACUCAUUAAACCAUUAUUUAGAUAA